AAAUUGUUUAUUUUCAUGUGUUUAGGACAAGUUUAAGGAUUCACCAGUUGUUCUUGUGACAUCUGAUCACCAAAGAAGUGGAAAGGAACACGACGCUGCGUUAAUCUGGACAGAAGAUGUGACAAAGGACUCGUUUAAGGCCUGUUUGCGAGAACUGCAAAACUUUGACGGCAAGCAUCAAGACAUUUAUGUGACCUGGUUUGCGUUUGCUAAGUUACAUAAACCACUCUUCACUGAGCAUAGCUCUGUAAACUUUCCAAAUACGGAUCCACCCACAGAUGAAGACAACAACGCUUACUGCGAGUUUGUACACUUUACACGAAGUUACAAUGCGAUACCAUCCGUCCAAAUAUCAGCUAAUCACAGCACAACAGCGAGUGGAAACAUGGCACCAGUUCAUAACGGUAUUUCUGCGUGGAUUGAGAACAUGAAUGAGUCUGGAUUCAGAGUCUGCGUCAAGGAACUGUACGAGACCAGAUAUGAUCCUGUGUCAGUGAAUUAUGCGGUCCUAACAGACGUCUGUAAUCCCGGAUGGAGCUACUUCAAUGGUUUCUGUUACUUCACAAGUGAUAUCUGUAGAGAUUGGACCACAGCAGUAGUAAAAUGUAGACAAGAAAGCUCAGUCCUUGUUGAUGUCAACAACACUGAGGAAAAUGUUUACAUUCAACAUCGCCAUAAUGGAGAUAAAUCCUGGCUGGGUUUGAAUGACAGAUCAACAGAGGGUGACUUUACUUGGGCGGAUCGUGGACAUGGAAACUUUACAGCAUGGGCCAAGAAUCAGCCAAAUAACUUCAAAGAAGAAGAUUGUGCGCACGCACUUGGUGUGAAACACGACUAUGAAUGGAACGACGUGCAGUGUAGUGAUUGUCAUAAGUUUACUUGUAAGAAAGACUUAGAUGAAUGCCAAAAUCAUCUGAAUUACUGUCACAAGAAGGCCACUUGUACAAAUGAACGCGGCUCGUACACGUGCAAGUGUAGAGCUGGAUACGUUGGAGAUGGAUUUAAUUGCAACAGCUAUGCAGGACUGGGUUAUUCGGCAAUAUUGGCAAACGAUGACAAUUACUUUGGUACCUUGAGCAGUUGGUUAAGCCCUGUGGUGCAGAGCCAGUCCUCUUACUGGAAGCGCUGCUGGAGAGCAUCAGUGGAUGGUUGGGCUGCCUCUACCUUCCACUCAUUGUGUGACAGCAAAGGGCCAACAGUGACCAUUGUCCGUGUGGGAAAAUACAUAUUUGGUGGAUACAACAGCUUAUCAUGGAGUUCUGUUUCUGGAUACCAGUACACUUCGAGCGCCUUUUUGUUUUCAUUGGUCAACAAGCCAGGCUGGGGACCAGUGAAACUAACCCAACAAGGCCAGUAUAGUUCUGACAAGAGCUCUUCCACAUACAGUCUUCUUAACUAUGGACCCACAUUUGGUGGAGGACACGAUCUUAAAAUUGUCAACUACGCCUCAUCCAACACAGAUUCUUACACAAACCUUGGACACACCUACAGUCCACCAUCUGGCCACAGUUAUCAUACAUCUUUUACCAAAUCAUUCCUGGCCGGAAGUUACAAUUUUCGACCUGAUGAAGUUGAAGUGUUUUACGAAACUACUUAACACAGAUCUGUUGAAUCAAGUCUCAUGAAAAUUUCGCUCAGGAUUAUGAAAACUAAAAAUCGUUAAUGCAGUCAAUUAAAUUGACAUAUAA